CACCGGAAGUGCGCCGCAGACGACGGGCGAUCAGCUGACUGCAGCGGACCGACAUCGUUUAGGGCUCUGCCGUCAUUCGAUUAAAUCCCGGUGGUAGUGAUCGGGAUAAGGACAGGAGCUUGUUGGAUUUAUAACUUCUGCAGGAUAUGUUUCAAUAGGCAACAAGUCUGAGAGGUCAUCAUUAUGUCGGGGAACAACCUAGUUUUACCCAUAGUGCUAUGGGGCCGCACAGCUCCGACUCACUGCAUCAGCAGUCUGCUGGUGAUGGAUGACUUCAGUACCAUCGUCACUGGCUGCCAUGACGGACAGAUCUGUUUCUGGGACAUGACACCUGAGCUACAGAUCUGCCCAAGGGCAAUGCUGUUUGGUCACACGGCCGCAAUCACCUGUUUGGCAAAGGCAAGCGCCUGCACUGACAAACAGUACAUCGUCAGCGCUUCAGAGAGUGGGGAGAUGUGUUUAUGGGAUGUGAAUGAUGGUCGCUGUAUUGAGUUCACUAAACUGGCUUGCGCACACACUGGCAUACAGUUCUACCAGUUCUCCUUCGGAGCGGAGAGGGAGGGCCGUCUGCUGUGUCACGGCCAUUACCCAGAGAUCCUGGUGGUGGACGGCACCAGCCUGGAGGUCCUCUACUCCCUGGUGUCCAAGAUCUCUCCAGACUGGAUCAGCUCCAUGAGCAUCAUCCGGUCCCACCGCACCCAGGAGGACACGGUGGUGGCGGUUUCAGUGACGGGCAUACUGAAGGUCUGGAUCAUCACUGCUGAGGUCAGCAGAAUGCAGGACCUGGACCCAGUGUUUGAGGAGGAGUCCAAGCCCAUCUACUGCCAGGGCUGCCAUAGCAUCUCCUUCUGCUCCUUCACCCAGAGCAGCCUGCUGCUGGUCUGCUCCAAGUACUGGAGGGUGUUUGAUGCGGGGGACUACUCCCUGCUCUGCUCGGUGCCCAGCGAGGCGGACCAGGCCUGGACCGGGGGGGAGUUCAUCGCCGCUGAUAAGGUCAUCAUCUGGACUGAGGACGGCUGCAGCUGCAUUUAUACUCUGCCUGCUAGCUGCCUUCCUGCUAGUGAACAUUUCCGCAGCGAUGUUGGGAAAACAAAGGAGGCGUCCAUCCCUCCCCUUAUCUACAGCAUCACAGAGCGCACCGACAAACAGAGAGAGGAGGGAGGAGGCGAGGAGGAAGAGGUGGUUGAGGAGGUGAUGUGUCACCCUGCCCAUGGGUGCAACAUGGAGCUCUACACCCCAGAGCAGCUAUUCCACCACCGGCCUCUAGAGGCGCCACUCCUCAUCUGCCCCCCGGUCACUCGCUUCUUCUACGGGAGGAGGGAGCCCUUCCACAAGCUGCUGGUCCAGGGAGACUCUGCUGGACGCCUGUCCCUGUGGAGCGUCCCUGAUACCUGCCCCCCGGGGUCCCCUGCUACAGAGCUGCAGGUGUCCUCGACUGUCAGCCUGCAGGAGGCCUUUGAUAAGCUGACUCCUCUGUCUGCCGGCAUCAUCGACCAGCUCAGCGUCCCGCCGGGGGGAGAGGAACCCAUCAAGGUGACGGCCAGCGUGUACAUCCCGUCCCAGGGCCGUCUGGUCUGCGGGCGGGAGGACGGCUCCAUCAUUCUGGUCCCCGCCACGCAGACGGCCAUCGUGCAGCUGCUGCAGGGGGAGCACAUGCUCAGGAGGGGCUGGCCGCCCCACCGCACCCUGCGUGGCCAUGGCAACAAGGUGACGUGCGUGCUGUACCCCCACCAGGUGUCCCCCCGCUACGACCAGCGCGCCCUGGUCUCGGGCGGCGUGGACUUCUCCGUCAUCGUGUGGGACAUCUUCACCGGCGAGAUGAAGCACAUCUUCUGUGUCCACGGCGGCGAGAUCAGCCAGCUCAUCGUUCCCCCGGAGAACUGCAGCACGCGGGUGCAGCACUGCGUGUGUUCGGUGGCCAGCGACCACUCGGUGGGGCUGCUCAGUCUGAGGGAGAGGAAGUGCAUCAUGCUGGCGUCCAGACACCUCUUCCCCAUCCAGGUCAUCAAGUGGCGGCCCGCCGACGACUACCUGGUGGUGGGCUGCUCCGACGGCUCCGUCUACGUCUGGCAGAUGGACACGGGGGCUCUGGACCGCUGUGUGAUGGGCAUCACGGCGGUGGAGAUCCUGAACGCGUGUGACGAGCUGGCCCCAGCCACGGUGGACGCCCUCAGCCACCCCGCCGUCAACCUGAAGCAGGCCAUGAGCCGCCGCAGCCUGGCCGCGCUCAAGAACAUGGCCACGCACAAGCUGCACACGCUGGCCUCCAACCUGCUGGCUGCCGACAGCCAGGACAAGGGCAACCUACCAAAGUACUCCCACAACUCCCUGGUGGUGCAGUCCAUGAAGACCAACGUGACGGAUCCCGACAUGCACGUGCUGUUCUUCGACGUGGAGGCGGUGAUCAUCCAGCUGCUGACGGAGGAGGCGCAGCGGCCCAGCCCCACCAUGGUGUCCCCCGAGAGCCUGCAGAAGAGCCAGGCCGGCCCCGACAAGGGAGGCUCCUUCCUGGCCAACAAGAUCUUCAAACAGGUCAAAGAGACCAUGAAGGAGACCAUCAAGGAGCACCUGAUGGAUGAAGACGAGGAGGAGGAGGAGGAGAUGAGGAGGCGCGAGGAGAAGUCCAAGUCCCUGAGCCUGCUGGAGUACAACCUGACCAUGGACACGGCCAAGCUGUUCAUGUCCUGCCUCCACGCCUGGGGCCUGGACUGCGGCCUGGACGCCGUCUGCCUGGAGCGCCUGGGCAUGCUGAAGCCCCACUGCCCCAUCUCCUUCGGCCUCAUCUCCCGCGGAGGACACAUGUCCCUCAUGCUGCCCACCUUCAAGGAGGCCUUGCUCCGUCAGCUGUCCCAGGCUGCCGGCCGGACUCUGGCCCCGGCGGACAUCGUGGGUAACGGGACGUACGGGGUGUCCCGGGCCGUCAGCACCCAGCACCUGCUGUCGGUCAUCUCCCUGGCCAACACCCUGAUGGGCAUGACCCACGCCUCCUUCAUCGGGGAGCACAUGAAGAAGGCUCCCGUCAGACCUCCCAGACCCGGGACCCCUGAGAGCCCCCGCAGGACCGCCUCCAGCGGCCCCCCGCCCUCCAGCCCCGCCAUGCAGGCCCAGAUCAAACAAGCUGCCACCACUCCUGCUUCUCUAGGGGCCCCAGUACGGCCACCUCGGGGCCCCUCUGGUGCCCCUAGCCAGGGCCCUGCCUCUCAUAGCAUCCCCUCAGUCAACGAAGGGUGGAGCCAGCUGGCUGCGAUGCACUGUGUGAUGCUCCCUGACCUGUUAGGGAAGUUCAGACCUCCUCUCCUGGAGAUGUUGGCUCGGCGGUGGCAGGACCGCUGUCUGGAGGUACGAGAAGCAGCCCAAGCACUGCUAUUGGCUGAGCUCAGGAGGAUCGGUCAAUCAGGACGCAAGGAUACCAUUGACCUGUGGGCCCCCUACCUGCCUCAGUAUGUGGACAGCGUCAGCUCCCGUAAGUACUGCAGACCAGUUAUUGAACUACUGUGAAUCACUCUGUACAAGUACUGGUACUAGAUAUGUAAGUACUGAUGGAGUACAAAUACUGACACUUAGUUGGUGGGAGGUGGUAGACAGAAGAGAAGAUGAGCAUAAAAUGGUAGGGAGAGGGAUGGGUACAGGACCAGAGAGAGAAAGAGGGACUGGGACAGACAGAGAGAGGAGAGGAUGGAU